UCUGCCAUUUUUGUACUUCAUUCUUUCUCCUUCCUCUCGGCAAACAUCGACUAUGAACUCUCAAAACCAUCAUUCCCAACAUAAAAAACCCACGAAUAACUGUCAGAAUAAUAGAGGCAAGAAUGCCAGCGACAACAGUAAUAGCAGCAAACCCAACAAGUCCUUCUUUGAUAUAUAUGGCCCUGAGGGGAGAGCGGAUGUAGUUUUUAAGCAGCCAGAUGCCAAUUCGACAUUGAAUUUGCAAGAUGUGCAAGGGCUUGUCACCUGGGUUCUUGGUGAUGGAUUCAUGCCAUCAUGGAUUUUUAUCAAAAACAAACCGUUAAUACCAAAAGUCGUUAUGGUGUAUCUCCCUGGCCUUGAUGCAGCUAUGUACUUAUCGCAGUCCAAGUUACUAAAUGGUUUUAAACAAUGUUGUGGCGUUCCUCGAGCAGUAUUAGCUCUUAGUUGUGCAUCAGAGGGAAUGCAGACAAUAGAUGCACUGCUUACCUGCAAAACCAAAAGAAAGAGGGAAGCAACUCAGUCCUCUGUGAAAAAAACUUUUCAAACAACUGAACAAGGAACUUAUCCGUCUAAUUCAUCAGGGGAUCCAUCCCCCGCUGAUGCUCUGAACAAUCUACCAUUCCCAAUGACAUACUACAUACUGACAGCUAAGGAAUUAGAAGAUAAUGGAUACUGCAACCGACCAGAUUUUUGUUCAACUCUUCCAGCUCCUGCAACUCCUCCAUAUGAAAUUUUAGCUCUUGACUGUGAGAUGUGCAUUACAAAGGAAGGGUUUGAACUUACUCGAGUGACACUUGUAGAUGUCAAAGGACAGGUUGUGUUGGACAAACUUAUUAAACCUUCUAAUCCCAUCGUUGAUUAUAAUACUAGGUACAGUGGAAUAACAGAUGAGAUGUUAAAUGGGGUGACAACAACUCUAAAAGACAUUCAGGAGGAAUUUCUACAAUUGGUUUACAAAGAGACUAUUCUUGUGGGCCAUUCAUUGGAGAACGAUUUGUUAGCGCUGAAGAUAUUUCAUGAUUUGGUGAUUGACACAGCAGUGUUAUACAAACAUCCACGGGGGAAAUCUUUCAAGACGGCCCUCCGUGUCCUGAGCAGGAGAUUUCUUUCCAGAGAGAUUCAGGAUUCAGGAAAUGGACACGAUAGUAUUGAAGAUGCAAGAGCUACGAUGGAACUGGCAUUACUGAAGAUCAGACAUGGACCUGAUUUUGGUUCACCUCCAUCAUUUGUGCGGAAAAAGCUCCUCACGGUUCUGGGUGAAUAUGGCAAAACCUCCUCUAUAAUUGAUGAUACAUCUGUAGUGAGGCGAUAUUCCUCUGAGCUGUCCCGUUCAAUAGCAGUUUCUUCAGAUGAUGAUGCUCUUUCAAAAGCCAGAAAAGAGGUGAGAAAUGACAUGGUGCAUUUCAUCUGGACGCAAUUUGCAGAGCUAAAUUGCUACUUUAUGAAACAAGCAGAGGACACAGAAAAUGUAAACAAGAAGCUAGCUGAGAUGAUUUCUUUGCUUACAUGUAACCAGAAGCCUAGUGGAAGAAAAAGCAUCAAAUGCAGGAUAACCUCUGAACUGAAGGACAUUCUUUGUCGCAUGGAUGAGAGAAUUAGAAGCCUCCAUUCUGAUCUACCUUUAAACUCCAUGCUCAUUAUAUGCACGGGUCAUGGAGACACUGCAAUUGUUCAUAGAAUACGGAAAACCCUUUCGGAGCAGACUGCGACUACAUUAUGCCGAGACAAGCUUGUGAAAGUUUUGGAAGAGCUGCAGGCCCAAGCUGAAGUAGGUCUAUGUUUUGUGGGUGUGAAGCACUAAUGGCUCUCUCAUUCUGUGUCAAAAUCUCGCAAUGCAUAGAAACAAGGUGUACAUUUGAUUUAUAAGGUGUAGAAUUAUGCAAAUCUUGACAAGGGUUUUGCAUGCCCUGAUACGGCAAUUUUCAUGUGAGCCGUCUACAUGUUUAAUCAUGUUGUGAACCAUUCUUAGGGUUCCUACUUUCUAACCUUUGUAAA